UCCCUCCCUGCCUGGCCGGGGCUGCCCGCCGCGGUGCCUGCUGGAUGGAGGCGGCCGCCGUGAGGGGUCCGGGCCCGUGCCCGCUGGGGGAGGACAGCUUUACGCGGUUCUCGUCGCAGAGCAACGUGUACGGGCUGUCGGGCGGGGCCGGGGGCCGCGGGGACCUGCUGGCCGCCACCCUUAAAGGGAAGGUGCUCGGCUUCCGCUACCAGGACCUCCGACAGAAAAUACGGCCCGUCGCCAAGGAGCUGCAGUUCAACUACAUCCCGGUGGAUGCCGAGAUCGUCUCCAUAGACACUUUCAACAAGUCACCGCCCAAGCGGGGCCUGGUGGUCGGCAUCACGUUCAUCAAGGACUCCGGGGACAAAGCCAGCCCGUUCCUGAACAUCUACUGCGACUACGAGCCCGGAUCCGAGUACAACCUGGACUCCAUUGCCCAGAGCUGCCUGAACCUGGAGCUGCAGUUCACUCCGUUCCAACUGAGCCACGCUGAGGUGCAGGUCGGGGAGCGGCUGGAGACGGUGUUUCUGCUGAGCGGCAACGACCCCGCGAUCCACCUUUACAAGGAGGACGAGGGUCUGCACCAGUUCGAGGAGCAGCCGGUGGAGAAUCUGUUUCCUGAGCUCAGGGAGCUGAACAGCAGCGUGCUGUGGCUGGACGUUCGCAACCUCCCGGGGUCGGCGCAGAGGAUCACGGCCUUCGGCUGCCAGAGCGGCUUCGUCCAGGUGGCCUGGGUGGACCAGGCCAGCAGAGCCGUGCUGUGCUCCUGGAGCAUCCAACAGGACGGCCCCAUCUCCCGCGUCCUAGUCUUCGGCCCGUCCCCCCGCCCUGCUGAGGACCACCCCCCAGCCGACCCCCAGGCCGUGGCUGCCGCCGACCCCAGCCCCCCAGCUGUUACCGCCGCCCAGCCCGAAUGCCCCCUCCUCCUGCCACCAGAUGAAGGUGAGGAGCCGAAGCCCCCCGGAGAGUACAGCGUGCUGGUGGCCAGCAUGAUUGAGCUGUCUGUGGUUUACCGGAAUGUGCUGCAGAAGGGCCUCAGCGACCAGGUGCUGCUGCCCGACAGCGACCAGUUUGACAGCGUCCUGUGCGGGCUGGUCACCGAUGUGGACUUCGACGGCCGCCCCGAGAUCCUGCUGGGCACCUACGGGCAGGAGCUGCUGUGCUACAAGGAGCUGGAGGGUCCGGGGGACCCGGCGGGGGGCUUCCGGCUGCUGUGGCAGAGGAGCUUUCCCAGCCCCCUCCUGGCCAUGGAGCACCUGGACCUGACCGGAGAUGGCCUCCGGGAGCUGGCCGUCGUCUCCCUCAAAGGCCUGCACAUCCUGCAGCACAGUCUGACCCAGACGGCAGCCCGGGUACUGCAGCGGCUCCGGGAGCAAGUGGAGCGACGGAGGCAGCAGAAGGCAGAGCCGAGCAACACCCCGCCCCUGGGCGCUCCCCAGGACUAGAUUCCCCCCCCCCCCCCACCACCCUCUUUCCUCUUCCCCUCCCGCUCUCCAGCAGAGGCUGGGGCCGGAGUCUCAGUUUCCCACUGGGCUUUGCUGCAGCUGGCUUGAUGGGUUACCCGCAGACCCCUGGCUCCCAACAGGCCUGUGGGGACCCUUCCAAGUGUGGACCCUGCCCAGGGAUCUGCAGACCUAUUUAUUCAGCUGCUUCGAGACCCUGGGACCCCCCCCACCCCCGCCCCCACAACCAGCCCGGGCCCCGUCUAGCCCACCAUCUGCCUGGGUGUCUGUCGGGCCAAUAGAGAGGCAGGAGCUCGGUGUUGGGGGGCGGGGGGGGAGAAGGAGACGGGGGGGCUGCUCCCCCUUCUCUGCAGCAGUCUCUGUCCUCCUCCAUCCUCCCCCACCCUCUCCCACCGUUCCCCACUGCCGUCGUCCCCCACCCCCGGAGCUGGAGCGAGCCGUCCCGGCCCUCCGUGGGCGGGAGACAGCGAGAAAAAACAGCCUCUCCUCCCCAAGAGGAAGAAGACAGAAUGAGUGGAGCCUGCCAGGAGAGCGGGGGGCGGGCGGCUGGGCGGACCAGCCUGCUGCCUCGCAGGGGGCACCGGGCCACUCAGCCUUCAGCCUGGUCACUCGUCCCCCCCAUCCCAAACCCCUCUCUCCCCGGCAACUCACCCCUCUCCUCUCUCCUUAUUCCCCCAGGCCCCUCACGUC